GAGAGAUGGGGAGAGCGAGAUCGCCAAAGCGCGACUCCGGGCUUUGCUGCUGGUAAGCAGUACGUAUGUAGGUACAAGUUCUCGCCGGAUCCGCUGUGUUGUAUUCUGUGUGAUAGUGCUGGCAAUCCAAAAGCACCCAGGCAGGUAUUCAGAUAUGCGGCAUCGGCAGCGCGCGCGGCUUUGAUUUGUAAAUUUUUCGCAGUCUCAGUUCGAUCGCGGUGUCGCGUGCACUUGUUUUGCUGUACGAGUUCGAAUAGGCAAUUGCUUCGGGGUUUUGUCGAGUUUAGCUUAACGAUAUUUUUUUUCUUGCUGCAUUCUAACCCCAGCUCGGUGGUGUUGUGUUCUUUUUUCCCAGCCGAAGCCGACACAUUUGUGAACAAUUAUCGAUUUUUCUUGGGGGUUUUGUGAUUUAUUUCUGUGGUUUUCAACGGUUUCGGUUAAAUCGGUACGAAAACGUGCGGUUUUUUCGAGCCUUAAAUUGAUAUCGAGUGGCGAUUCCAACGAUCUGGUACUCUUCAAGAAGGCAAACGCGACGAACCUGACGGAGGAAGGGGAUUGGUGUGAAUAAAUUAGCGACCUUUUCUUCGGUGUGGAAAUUAUACAGCGAUCGGAUUGCCUUGAAGUUUAGUGCCAUUCAAAGUGGUGUGAACAAACAAAUGCGUUAGUGAUUUCGUACAACAAUACGAGUGAUUUCGAGCAGCAAGUGACAAGUUGUUUUUUUGCAAUUUGAAAAUAAUAUUUCGAAGUUGUUGAGUAGUACACAAUAGAGCGAGCAAUUGUUUGUCGAGAAGGAUUUUCGUUUGAAAAAAGAACAUCAACUUCACCUUUUUCAACCGAUUGAAGGAGGAAUUGAGUUGAAACAGCUGAUUGUACUGAGCUUUGGAGCGGUUUGAAGGAUUCCGUUUGCAACGAUUAGACGUGACUAUCAUUUUUCCGAAUUGAAAAUGAAGAAAUGAAAUGUCCCGUCCCAGGAUUGGACUAAUAGAAGCUAAAAAUCUGAUUUCGCCCUUUUCAGACGUACUUCCCUGAGCACAACAAAGGAACUACCAAUAUUGAUUGUGACAGUACGAUGCUGCAAACUAUUGGGUACCUGAGCGAAAGUCUGAAUAAAUUAUGUUUGGAGACUCAACAAUUCCUUGGCGAUAAAUAAUUUUCAGAUGCGGAUGUAUUGACUAAUAAAUUUAGUUUAUGAAUGCACGGUCUUAAACCGACUUUCAAAGUACAAGUAGUUUGUAGCUAAGUGUGCUGUGCUUUCCGGUCAAGUUCUUCUAUCAUGCUCCUGCAUGUCCUAUUUGUGCUAAGUAGGCCCAAAAAGGCGCACACGUAGAAGCAUGCGGCGGUCCGUGCAGGUGGUAGCUUUAGUAGUAGUUGUAGUUUCAACAACCGGUUCGGGUUCAGAAUGACGGAUGUUGCUUCCCCGAUAGCAUCCACGCUCCCUCAUCAGAUACCCAACGGCAGCAGUAGCAACAACAACAACAUCAAUUUGACCCCUUCUGGCAAUAGUGGACCACGUAGCGUUUCCUUCAAUCGGGACGUACAUGUUAAACGAAUUGGAUCUCGCUCGGAACCACGAACGAUCAUUUCAAACUCGAACGUGCGCAAAGAGGCACAGAAUCUAUCAGCGGAAGCACUCCGCAAAGAAGCCGAAUUCGUUCUCGCUCAGGCGGAUCGUUUCGACCGAGUUCGCUCGAAAAGUGACAAUAUCAACGGAAAGGACAAUAGGUUCAAUUCCCUACCUUCGCGAAAAUCCCGAGCGAAAGCCACCCUUACACGAAGUUCCAGUGACGCAUCGUCGAAAAAACCUCAGAAAAACCUACUCAGUCUAUUUAACAAGAGCAAACCAGACGGAGCAACAUCAUCGUCGGAUGAAAAGCCUCGAGUUACCAUCAGCCGCAGUAAAAGUGAUGUAGGUCAAGUUCGUCCGGUGAGAGCACGAAGGACACCAAGACGAAACACGCAAGAGCUGAAACAUGAUCCAUUAACACCGAUCAUCGAAGCAUCCCCCGCGGAGUACACAAAAAACGUAGAUCCGUUGACAGCGUAUACCCAGCAGACCAACGGCUGUCAAACCAGGGAAGUUCCGGAUAUAUUCCAAACCCAUACCGCCUCGAAGCCAGUAAUGGAAACGAUCGCACUGUUGCGCCAAAACUCCAAAUCUCAGGAAAGACUACACUGCUCCCAGUUACCACCGGAAAAACCCAACCUCACCAAGGGAGUCACAGUUGAAAACAUCGUUAAACGACUCUCCAGCGAACGCCACACAUCACCUCCUCCAGCGCAAAUCGUUCGCGACGGGUUUUCCUACACUCGACCCGGUGAACCCAUCGUCUACGCACAGGUCGUUUGCAGCAAUGAAGGCAAGGAUAAGCACACCGUUCGUAACCAAUACAUAGCUAACGCCAGCGAAGAAGAGAUCAAAGCAUCUAGUCCAUACGAUCACGACAGAAUGACCACCAAGGAGUACCUCACCAUGAAACGUCCCAGUCCACCGCUUCCCAAGUACACUCUAGACGAGACGGAUAACUUUCCUCGAACGAAGUUCAAAACGUACAACAGCGAUGAAGACGAAGGUCUUGGAAUCGAUUACAGCAAACGCUUCUCGACCAGCUAUCUCAAAACAUUGACUACCGAUUCGGUCACCAAUUCGGACGAAGAUCGCAUUACUCCGACCGUCAAGUACGCUCCACCGGAACGUCCUCUUUACAAUCAUAGCUUCAGUGCAAACUAUCGUGGUCAGGCAGAUGGGAAGGAGUACCUGCCAGAGUUUCACGAACUCAGCCAACGUCGGGAGAUCUUGGAGUCGAGGAUCCGCAACCGAAUUGGAUCCAGGGAGUUAUUGAAUAAGCGAUCGCCUGAGCGGGCCUUUGGCGUAGAGACGGGCGGUUCGCGAUACGAAAGUUACCACAGCAAUGCGCUGAGAAGAAGCGUUGAUCGAAUGGCAAGCGUGUCGCCGAUUCGGAGAAGAACGGUUUCUCCACCUCCGGUCGAGGAAGAACUGAUCGAACGGAAAAAUGCCAGGAACGGUUACGUGGAGUCAUUCGUAACGAAAACGGUUAUAAAUCGGGACGGAAAACCGUACACGGAAGAGUUUGUGGAACGAUUCAAGUACCCUAGCAAAAAUGUGGAAGACGUUCGAACGGUAAGGACUACGUUCGAUCGGGAGGGGUCCGUAGAGCGAAAAGAGGUGCAGAACUUUACUCGUAACUUGAAAGAUACGGGGUAUUCAAGGCAGUUGAUCGAUAAAGGGGAUUCCGGAAUUGAGAACGAUUUCAGGAAGGAUUCAUUCAUCAAUGAGUUUCCAACUGGCAAAAAGUAUACUUUGUCACAGAACAUUCUAGCUUGCGAAAGUUUCUUACGAAAUGAACGAGUUCACACUAACAGUUGUCUUCGGAAACCAAGAAGGAUGUAUUCUUAUAGAGAACGAAGCAUUGAUGACGGCAGUCGUUUCGAUCCACGGCUGGAUGAGUACUCCGGAGAUCGCACCAAGGUGCUGAAGUCUUCGUUGAAACAGGAGAAAAAGACGGGAGGGUUAGCGAAGGUAAAGGAAUUCAUGAGUUCCACGAAAAAGAAAAUACUGGGAGAUUCGGAGAAGAAAGGUUCUAGACAAAGCAGCAUCCGCAGUGAGGAUAGAAUGCGAUACGAGGAGCAACAUCAUUCAAAGGUUCCCGACAUAGCCAAUCGACGUCGACUGUCAACUCCCAAAUCCAGUCCUUCGACGACGAAGCGUUCGCUUUCCUUCAAGGGAACAAAAGGUAGCGAAGUAACGAAGUCCUCUCGAUCCGAUUGGUUCAAGUCGUUCGAUAGAUUGUCCCGAAAAAAAUCAGAUUCUAAAUCACAGCUCGGUAGCGAUGUGAAAUCGUCCAGUGGGAUCAAGCAGCAGAAGAAUCUACGGUUUUUUGGCGAUACCGAUACGGAAUACGUUGAUCAGGUGCCACGUAACGCUAGUCGCUCGAAGUCUUCACUGUCGAAGGUUGACAAACGAUAUCAGAGUGCUUACGGUUUGGAAGCGACACCAAAGAUUCGAGAGAGUCGAAAUCGAUCGACGUCGAUGUUAAACUUGGAUGAGGAUGAUCGUCAAAUCGAUUACAAACGAAAAGAUCUCUACGAUAUUUCCGAGAAUUCGACGAGCUACCGGAUGCGAUCACCAACACCGGCCUAUCCGCCUAAGCGACAUCACAGUAUCCACCGGGACUACACUCCGGACCGAUCGACCAGUCGUAAAAGCUACAGUCGAUCACGUGAGAACAGCGUUGAUCAUUCAGAAUCAGAGCGUUACCAGCGAUCGAGUCGCAGUCGGAACGAACAGCAUAGUAACAAACCUCCGGCGGGACCGCAGAAGCCUGCUCGAUCUUUCGAACGGAGAGGAAGCUUGACCAGGGAAUUCGAUCGCGUUCACGACAGCUCCGGUACCGAGGGCGAAUCUAGUCAACAAAGCCAACGUAGCGUGGUGUUUCUACAUGCCACAACGGUUGGUGACAUCCCGCAUCCUCACAUAGCAAACGCUCACCGCUUGGCAUAUUCACGGGAGUCGUUGAACAACCCGAAAAAGCUUCAACCGAUGUCACGUACCGUCUCCCGUUCGAUAUCAGUGCUGGCACCGUGGAAACCGAAACAUAUCCGCGAAGGUUACGAAAUCAACUAUCACAACGACCAGCAACAGCAGCAGCCGGUGACGAAACCGAUCUCAACCCUCCCGCGACCGAUGAAGAAUCGUUCCCAAAGUCAAUCCACGCUGAAUCGGAGCAAACCCAAAAAUCGGCGUAGUCACACCGGAUCGAAGGACGAUUUGGAUUCGGACAAGAGCUCCUCGUUCGACAGUUCACGAAACCCGAGGUCUUCCGGGGGAGGCCAUCAAACGCACUCGUUGCCACGAAGACCACGGGAUGGGCCGAACUCGCUGGCAGCACAAUCCGGUAGCUCGAGAACUAAUACCCUCCAGAAACAGCGGAGAAUUUAACCUCACCACACACACAUGGAUUGGAUAAGUUAGUGAAAUGUGGAACCCCAAUAACCCCAGGAAUAACUGUAACCUCUCGUAGACUCACCUGAUUUAUAUUUGUUUUCUAUUUAUUCGUGCCUGCGAACACAAUAAAUUUGUGUGAUUUGUGUUUUGGAGCUUGAGCUUACCACUUUUUAAAAGCAGAUGGAAAACUUGUCAUUAAAAUUUAACGAUUGUUUAUUGGAAAAGAUUUCAUUUGUGAAGAGAUAAAUGUACUAAACCGUAAUCACAGUCGAAUAAAGAACGCGAAGUUUCAAAAGUUUGUUGCCUUCGUGAA